GCCAUUUUGAUGUGUGGCUUCAGUGAGAAAGUGUGGGAAUCAAUGUCCUCCUGUUUUGGUUUCUUGUCUGUCAGAUAAGACGAAGCCUUGGGUUAGAGGUAAAUCAGAAUAAUCAUCUGUAUCUUUUAUCAAGGAAAUUUCUCUUGCCAAGCUGUUCGUCGCUAUGAGUUGUAACGAGAAGAACAACAAACGGCGGAAGAAGCGGUCGAAGCAAAGUACGGAGAAUAACACACACGUUCCAAAAUCAAUUGAUACUCGAGAGCAGCUACUGAAUAAUACUUCCAGCGAUGACAACUCACCAAAGGCUGGAACUCCAACGAUAGAUGGUGAACGCUGUCUUCUUUGUCACAAAGAACGUUAUGAGAGAAACAAAAAAGGAGAACCUUCCAAAUCUUCAUCUCAAACAUCAAAUCCUAAUGGAACUUCAAUGUCACAGGUUCCACUGUGGGUGUGUCCAGAGUGUAGAAGAAGUAUUGAAGAGGAAGAACGAAGGGCAGCAAUGGAACCAUCAAUACCUAAGCAAGACUUGAUGGAAAAGCCGUCUUUGAAUCUCACUCUCUCUAUCACAACCAAAUCUUUUGAGCAACAAUCAAAGUGCUUUCACCAAAACUGCAAUAGAAGUCCUGCAAAGCAAGAUACAAUAAAAGCUGCUGAAGUUAAGGAGAAAGAGAGACAACAACUGCGGUGUUGUUGGGGAGAGGUUAAGAACAUUGUUAGGUGUAUAUACAGAGAGGCUGGAACGCCUUUAGCAGAUGGGGAAGAAACUGUUAAAAAUUCUUUAGAUGAGAAUAGACUCAGAGUCAAAGUAGACAAAUUACUUAAGAGUGAUCCAGCUCAGUUGUUUGAAAAACUUGAAAUUCAAGCAAGGGAAUAUGUUCGAGAAGUGAAAGUACGCCUUGUUAGAUAUUUGACUUCAUGUCCCUUGUCCCCAAACCAUGCAAAAGAAUUUUUUACAAUGUUACUGGAUGAAUACCAAGCCCUGUCAAAGGCUUUUGAUAUCCUCAGACCAUUCUUUUCCAAGCUGGAUGUUGACCAUUUAAAGGAGUUUGGUUUGAAUUGGGAUCUCUUACACAAACACCUCUUUUACACUGAAAUUUAUCGGGACCCUGCAGUGUAUGGCAACCUUCCUGGGCUCAUUACACAGCUAAGACUAGGUGCUGUUGCUAAAGAGAAUUUUCAUCAAGACACAUUCCCAAACUUACUACACAGGUACCUUAAUUUUACGGAUGAUCUCACAGAGAUUGAGUUUUCAUGGAAAGAGAGUGAGAGAGCUUUCAAAUUCUAUAAAGAAACACAGGCUAAACUGCGCGAAAAAACUGGCAUACCUAAAGUGGAGUGGGAAGAUGAUUCUACAGGAGAAGAGUGGAAAAAUAGAAUAGUACAGGGUUCCAAGAAGCCCACUCAACAAAAGUGUCAUUGUGGUCACUGCAGUGUUCCUUCAUCGCCCCUCAAUUCACCAGUACCAUCGUUAUCACCUUUUAAAACAGCAACUUCACACACAAAACCCUGCAGCAAUCAUAUCUCAGCUGUAGCAUCCAGUCAUAACACAGCUGGUAACAAGAUGCAACGGACGAACCCCGUAUCACUACCAAAGUUCAGUCCCCACCUGCUGGUGGCUAAUGACUUACAUAGUAUUCCUCCCUCCCAACUGCUGCCGCCGCCACCUCUCAUGAUGAACGGUGCGGCAAAUGUUUGCCAGUGUCCAGCAUGUAGUGGCACAACUGGGUACAGGGAAGGUGUUAAAAGCCCAGUGCAGCCUACGAAUGGUAUCAAGAUGGCCGAAUGCCAGUGCAGCAAGUGCCCCUAUCAUGGUAUAAAGGAUCAGGAAACAAGACUAAAAACCGAGAACAAGAACUUUACCACCCACCCCUUCCCUACAGUCCACGCUUCCCCUCCGAACAAGAAUCAAAUUCACAGCAAUUACUUUCAUCCACACCACGGCAAGCCCCCUCCUCCCACAUCUCUUUAUUGCUCCUCAGAGAUCCCCCAUCAGGACCUUCACAGCUUUCUCCCGGACGGCCUCAGGCACGUCAAUUAUAAUGGUUAUCAUGAGAGUCUGGAUGGAUGCAGUGAACUGGAUGACGGAAAUAACAGUUCGAGUGACAUCAACAGUGACUAUGAUGAUGACGAUGACGAUGAAGACGAUGACGAUGAUGACGCCAGCAGUUGCUCACCCCGUAGAACAAGCCAUUCCUCAGACAUUGACGGCCUGGGCCUUGAUGUCCCCCCUGGGUCCCCGUCAAGUGUGCGGAGCAGUGGAGACGGCAGCUCAUGUGACACUCCACCUGUCAACAGUCAGUGUACAUCAUCAACGGAUGAUGGCCGGACGGAUCGUGGGAAAUACUGCGAUUGUUGUUAUUGUGAAUUCUUCGGCCAUGCUGCACCUCCUGUAGCACCAACCAGUCGCAAUUACACUGAAAUACGGGACAAGUUAAGAAAUCGACUCAACAAACGGCAGCCAAAUCACCCCGUACAGCAGAACAAGAACAAGAAGAAGACGGCGAAUGCGCCUGUCGUUGAUCACCGAUCAGUAGACGAUCUCCUUACGUUUAUCAAUGGGCAGAAAAUGGAAGAGGAAAGACUGGGGGCAAAAUCGAAAGCGCAGAAAAGAGCGCGGCAAAAACAAAAGAAGGCGGCUGAGAAAGCUAAGCAGAAUGUGAACUCGAAUGAUCAAACAGACGACAAAGUUCCUCCAUCUUCCCCCUCUAACCGAGGAAACAUGAACGGGAUUCAUUUCAACGGCACCACUGAUAACCUGAGGAACAAACGAGAGUCUGACGAGACCGCAAACCACCAAACACCCGCUAUUAACGGCAAAGAACUACUAAACGGCAAACAAGGUCACGGGGUGAAGGAGCAGGAACAAAAACAACUACAAAUCUCAGGCGAAGGUGGCAAGUCGCGCAAGAAAAGAAAUCACUCAAAUCAGGAUGUCACAAUGUCACGCCAAGUAGCGAGUCACGAAAACGAAAACAACUUUGGUGCGCGGACAAAGACGGAAGAGAAAUCGGAGAAAAAACGACAGGAAUCGGGAUCACCUGAUCAAAGCCCUGUUAGCAGUAGCAAGCACGAAGGGCAGGAGAAAACAGACGGUCCACCACCGCAGAAAAAGCAAGGAAAAAAGAAGAAAAAGGCGUCAGUAGAUGAUGAUGAUGUUUUCCUGCCGCGGGAAGAUAUCGAGAAACUUACACAAAUGGAUGAAGCAGAACGUGAACUGGAAGAGUUUAAAAGAUUUUGUAUGAAUCUGACACCCUUGGAGAGAAGAGAGCGCAUUCCUGUAAAUGUCAACCUCAAGGGGCUUCUAAAUGGCAAGAAAAAUGGCUCCACCUAGGCCAUGCCCUCCACUCCUCCUAGAUGAGCUGCGUUGUUGCUUGAGUCGAGGUGGCCUGUAAACUGGUCGCGCCAGUUUUCCUAGAGUUGAAAAAUUGAGGAAGUACUUCCUCGAUCAGUUCCGUUCUCAUUUCAAUUUAAUCUAAUGCACAGAGAAUUAUAUUGCCAAAUAAAAUAUCUAUUUAGUUUCGUGAA